AUGCUCCCCUAUUGCACCAUCGUCGGCAAGAAGAAGAAGACCAUCGGGGAGAUGGAGCAGGAGUUCCUACGAGACCUACAAGCCAUCAUGUCUAACGAGGAGUUCAACAACCUCAAGGAGGAGCUCAUGUGGGAAGGCAGCAACCUCGUCCUGCUAAGCGCCGAUGGGCAAAGGCUGCUGGAAGCCUCCAUGGCCUACAUCACCGGCAACCCCAUCAUGUCUGACGCGGAAUUCUACGAGCUCAAGCUCAGACUCAAGGGAUCCUCCAUAUCAAGGGAAGAGCAGGGUAGUGUGGGCAAGGGAAGAGGACAGGGACAGGGAAGAAGUGAACUGAUGGGAAGAGCCUCAUAA